UAGUUUUAAAUGACUUUAUUGUCUUUCGAAGUAUUCUCCACGAAGCACUUAUUCCACUAGUUUGCUGGCAGAUCCAAAACGGCGUUUUUGAAUGCGUCAACUGCUUCUUCUGGUACUGGAACCUUUCCCCACGCAGUCUGUUUUUAAUUUUCGGGAAAGUAAAGAAAUCGUUAGGACUUAGAUCGGGACUAUAUGGAGGAUGGUCCAAUAAUUCCAUGUUUU